CCCCAAAGCAGAAGAGCCCUCUGUGAAGGCAGAGAGCUCUCUGCUGAAGGCUUUCCAAGAAUUCUCUGACAUGGCAAGAAGCAGCUCAGAACCAUCCUACCAGGUAAUAUCCCUGUUCACUUUUGCUAUUGGGAUCAACAUCUGCCUGGGAUUCACAGCAAGUCGAAUUAAGAGAGCGGAAACAUGGGACGAAGGCCCUCCUACAGCAGUAUUAUCGGACUCCCCCUGGACCAACACUUCCGGAUCGUGCAAGGGUAGAUGCUUUGAACUUCAGGAAGUUGGCCCUCCUGAGUGUCGGUGUGACAACCUGUGUAAGAGCUACAGUAGUUGCUGCCAUGACUUCGACGAGCUGUGUUUGAAGACAGCUCGUGGCUGGGAAUGUACUAAGGACAGAUGUGGAGAAGUACGAAAUGAGGAAAACGCUUGUCACUGCUCUGAAGACUGCUUGGCCCGGGGAGACUGCUGCACCAAUUACCAAGUGGUUUGCAAAGGAGAGUCUCAUUGGGUAGAUGAUGAUUGUGAAGAAAUAAAAGCCCCUGAGUGCCCAGCUGGGUUUGCUCGCCCUCCAUUGAUCAUCUUCUCUGUGGAUGGCUUCCGAGCGUCGUACAUGAAGAAAGGCAGCAAGGUCAUGCCUAACAUCGAGAAGCUUCGGUCCUGUGGUACACAUUCUCCUUACAUGAGGCCCGUGUACCCUACAAAAACCUUCCCUAACUUGUACACUUUGGCCACAGGUCUGUAUCCAGAAUCCCACGGGAUUGUUGGCAACUCCAUGUAUGACCCUGUGUUCGAUGCCACCUUCCAUCUCCGAGGACGGGAGAAAUUUAAUCACAGGUGGUGGGGGGGUCAGCCGCUAUGGAUUACAGCCACCAAGCAAGGGGUGAGAGCUGGAACAUUCUUUUGGUCUGUUUCCAUCCCACACGAGCGGAGAAUAUUAACCAUCCUGCAGUGGCUGACGCUGCCAGACAAUGAGAGGCCUUCAGUCUAUGCUUUCUAUUCUGAGCAACCGGAUUUCUCUGGACACAAAUAUGGUCCCUUUGGCCCUGAGAUGACAAAUCCUCUGAGGGAAAUUGACAAAACCAUGGGCCAAUUAAUGGAUGGGCUGAAACAACUCAAGCUGCAUCGGUGUGUAAACGUCAUCUUUGUUGGAGAUCACGGCAUGGAAGAUGUCACAUGUGAUCGAACUGAAUUCUUGAGCAAUUAUCUGACUAAUGUGGAUGAUAUUACUUUAGUGCCUGGAACUCUGGGAAGAAUUCGACCCAAAUUUAGCAAUAACGCUAAAUAUGACCCCAAAGCCAUCAUUGCUAAUCUUACGUGUAAAAGACCAGACCAGCACUUUAAGCCUUACAUGAAACAGCACCUGCCCAAACGUUUGCACUAUGCGAAUAACCGAAGAAUUGAGGAUAUCCAUUUGCUGGUGGAACGCAGGUGGCACAUUGCAAGGAAACCUUUGGAUGUUUAUAAGAAACCAUCAGGAAAAUGUUUUUUCCAGGGGGACCAUGGAUUUGACAAUAAGGUGAACAGCAUGCAGACUGUGUUCGUAGGUUAUGGCCCAACAUUUAAGUACAAGACUAAAGUGCCUCCAUUUGAAAACAUCGAACUUUACAAUGUUAUGUGUGAUCUCCUGGGAUUGAAGCCAGCUCCUAACAACGGAACCCAUGGAAGUUUGAAUCACCUAUUACGUACUAAUACCUUCAGGCCGAUCAUGCCAGAGGAAGUUACCAGACCGAACUACCCAGGGAUCAUGUACCUUCAAUCUGACUUUGACCUGGGCUGUGCCUGUGAUGAUAAGAACAAGUUGGAUGAGCUCAACAAACGCCUUCAUACCAAAGGGUCUACAGAAGCUGAAACCAGGAAAUUCAGAGGCAGCAAAAAUGAAAACAAGGAAAACCUUAAUGGAAAUUUUGAACCUAGAAAAGAAAGACAUCUCCUCUAUGGAAGACCUGCAGUGCUUUAUCGGACUCGAUAUGAUAUCUUGUAUCACACUGACUUUGAAAGUGGUUAUAGUGAAGUUUUCUUAAUGCCACUUUGGACAUCAUAUACUGUUUCUAAACAGGCUGAGGUCUCUGGCAUUCCUGAGCAUCUGACCAAUUGUGUCCGUCCCGAUGUCCGUGUGUCUCCUGGUUUCAGUCAGAACUGUUUGGCCUACAAAAAUGAUAAACAGAUGUCCUAUGGAUUCCUCUUUCCUCCUUAUCUGAGCUCUUCACCAGAGGCUAAAUAUGAUGCAUUCCUUGUAACCAAUAUGGUUCCAAUGUAUCCUGCUUUCAAACGGGUGUGGCAUUACUUCCAAAGGGUAUUGGUGAAGAAAUAUGCUUCAGAGAGAAAUGGAGUUAAUGUGAUAAGUGGACCCAUUUUUGACUAUGACUACAAUGGCUUACGUGACACAGAGGAUGAAAUCAAACAGUAUGUGGAAGGCAGUUCCAUUCCUGUUCCAACUCACUACUACAGCAUCAUCACCAGCUGCCUGGACUUCACUCAGCCUGCUGACAAGUGUGAUGGGCCCCUGUCUGUAUCCUCCUUCAUCCUUCCCCAUCGUCCUGAGAACGACGAGAGCUGCAAUAGCUCAGAGGAUGAGUCGAAAUGGGUAGAAGAACUUAUAAAGAUGCACACAGCUCGAGUGAGGGAUAUUGAACAUCUCACCAGUCUGGAUUUCUUCCGAAAGACGAGCCGUAGCUAUUCAGAAAUUCUGACUCUCAAGACAUACCUUCAUACCUAUGAGAGUGAGAUUUAAUUUUCUGAUCAGUGCAGUGCAGUCUUAUCAACUGGUGUAUAUUUUUAUAUUAUGUUUGUAUUUAUUAAUUUGAAACCAGGACACUAAGAAAAACACUUAGUAUUUUGAUCCUGUACCAAAUCUGACAAUAUUAAGCUUGAAUGACUCCACUGUUUCUUAUCUAAUGCUUGAUUUAGAUAGUCCUGUGUUCCGAGUAGAGCUUGUAAUAAAUACUGCAGCUUGAGUUUUUAGUAGAAGCUUCUAAAUGGUGCUGCAGAUUUGAUAAUUGCAUUGAGGAAAUAUUCAUUUUCCAAUGCACCAUUGCCACAUUUAGUCCUGUACUGUAUCAAAUCUUGAUUUUUGUAAAGUUGCAUUCAUCUGCUAUUUACUGUAACGGUCAUAUUUAAACCUUAUAAACCAAUCUUAACUAUAAUAAAUCACAUAUUCAGUUUUC